AUGGCAACCCUUCUCAAGUGCUUCGGAGGCUCUGCCUCUACUUCUAGGAAGAGGAAACAACCUUCCACAACCGUAGAAGAGCUUUGCCACCGCUUCUCUCUUUCGCAACUUGAAGAAGCGACCAACAACUUUCACCCCACCCGAAUGAUCGGUGAAGGAGCUUUUGGUCCCGUAUACAGAGGUGGCCGCAUCUCUAUCGAUGGCCAAUCAAUAGAAAUUGCAGUGAAGCGUAUACCUCCAGGAAAUUCCUUCCAGGGCCGUUCUGAGUUCGAGAACGAGAUCGUGAUGAUGUGCCAGCUACACCACCCCAAUCUAGUGUCUCUCGUUGGAUUUUGUGACGACAAAAAUGAAAUGAUCGUGGUCUACAAGUACGUCCCAAACAAUUCCCUCUACUAUCAACUUUAUGAGCAGCAUGGCAAGUCGUCACCAGUUGAGCCAUGGAAGAAAAGGCUAGAAAUCAGCAUCGGAGUAGCGCGUGCGUUACAAUACCUUCACUCAGGAACCAAACGCACCAUCAUUCAUCGCAGUGCAGAACCGGGUAACAUUAUUUUGGACGAGAAUUGGAAUCCCAAGCUCACAUAUUUCGGGCUUUCUAUAAAAGGACCAAAGUUUUCGGCAAAGGAGGCAAAGCCCAUAAAGCUGGACGUGGUUGAAGGUCCGUGGGGAUAUAUAGCACCCGAGUGCUGGGCGCUUACUAAUGUCACAUAUAAAUGUGACGUCUAUUCUUUUGGAGUGAUUUUGUUAGAACUGAUAUGCGGAAAGAUGAUGUUCCAAAUUUGUGAGCAUGAGGGGCGUCUUAUUGAGAGUGCAGAUGCUACUUUAUUUGCAUGUAGUGUGGUUAAGAAAGUACGAAAUGCAGCCGAGAAUGGGAAUAAUGAUGAGGGAAUUAUUGAUCCGAGAUUGGAGGGACAAAUAGCGCCACAGUGUUGGAGACUGUACAUGGACAUUAUAGGGAGUUGCUUGAGCGUAGAUCCCCACGAGAGGCCAGACAUGGGCGAUGUUGAAGUGCAACUUGAACGCCUAUUACAGCUGCAAGAAGAAGCAGAUCAUGCCAAUCAUGGGUUUUAUUCUUUCCUCAUUUAA